AUGAGUAGUUGUCUAAAGUGCCGCUCAACAGGGCGCAUUUGCGAUGGCUAUGAGGAUAUAGUAAACGACGAGCUGCAUGUCUACGCUCUGUCACAAGGGCCAUCUACCUGGGACUUUCUUUCUCAGGAUGGAGGAGAGAACGAGAACUUCUUCUUUUUCCGUUCGGUCACUACUUUCACCUUGGCUGGAUCCUUCGAUACCGACUUUUGGUCUCAUCGGCUAUUGCAGGUCUCCCAUCAUUAUCCGGCUCUCCGGCAUGGCAUGGCCGCACUGGCAUGCAUCCAUCGGGAGUAUGCGACCGAUAGCACCCCUUCUACUCAGUCACGUAUUGGGGAGAGUCGGAAUAUGGAGUUUGCAUUGAGACAGACGAACAAAUCCAUUCAAGCCCUUUUGAAGCUGCUGUCGGAACCUGUGCUAAGUAACCAGGAUAAGAUGGUGGUGCUAGCCACCUGCAUUCUUUACACCUGUAUGUGUAGCCUCCAGGGCCGUCAGUACCAGGCCUUUAUGCAUAUCAACAACGGGUUAAAGCUUUUUCAUCAGUGGGGAGUUGGGGAGAAACUUAACAGUCAGCCAGCAGCUUGGAAGGGAGCUGAUAUGCUUUUACUGGCGUUCAUCCGGUUCGACUCACAGGUGCGUCCAUACUUAGUGGGCCAAACCGCCUCUCUAAGUUGGAACAAUAAUCAAAUCGCUCCGUCACCCAGUACAGCCCCUUUCACCGGUUUACUCGAGGCGUACGUGUCAUUGGAGGCAUUGUUCAACCGCAUCAUGCGGUUCUUCCUCGGCCAAGACACCAAGGACCCGUGUGUGCAAUCCAGGGCCGCGGAAAAACAGAUGUAUAUACAGCUCCUGCAUGAUUGGGACACACGUCUAGCCCUACUUUUAAGCACUACCUCCAAGUCAGAGGAUGGUAGAGCUUUGGAUGUCCUUUCAACCCGACGCAAGUUUGCCAAAGUUCUUCUAUGCACAGACCCAACACAAAGUGAGCUAGCCCCGGACGCUCUCCUCAACGAUUGCGUCGACAUGAUUGAAGCCAUUAGCCGGAUUCUGGACGAUUCAAACCAGCAAGCGCUGCGGCAAUACCAACAUGCCGAGCAGGCCACAUCCGCAAACUUCAGUCUGGACACUGGAAUCGUCGAGCCCCUAUUCUGGCGGUAUCCUCGCCGGGAGGGAAUCUGUGAGGGAAUGAUAGCGAGCAAGAUAGUCGCCAAGGUCAUCGAGAUUGAGGAAUCUGGAUGUCCACAAGCGCUAGCUGAUAUGGGUGCCACCAGUCCUUGUACCCAGGGACAAUGGAUUUGCGAAAUCCAUCGCGUGGCUUCAUGGGAGUUCAUCCUGGUCACCGAGCGGUUGCCUGGCGGACAUCCGGACCUCUACGACGUUCUUGCUACCGUGCAGUUCAAGGUAACCAACACGGGUGAGCUGGCGGGUGCAACAGUGCCUCAACUCUACCUGGCCUUCCCACAUGACACUACCCCUGCUGGAACCCCGGUUAAGGUGCUUCAGGCCUUUGAGAAGGUUCAUCUCAAGGCUGGUCGUAGCCAGACUGUCAAGUUCGAAAUCACUCACAAGGAUAUGAGCUUUUGGAAUGUUGUGAGGCAGGAGUGGGAGAUCCAUAGUGGUUCAUUCGAGGCCAUGGUUGGCUUUAGCAGCCGCAAGAUCUCGGCCACGAAAGCGUUUGAGGUGUUUUGA